UUAAACCUAAAUUUAAACUUUCCAUGGCCCAAUCAAGCCCUCUCUCAGUUGAACUGGAAACACUGAGUCAUGUACAGGGUCUUGUAGAGGCCUUUCAUGCCUUUGAUUCAGACAAUGAUGGAUUUAUCAACAUGCAAGAGCUUGGUGGAAUCAUGGGAUCGCUCGGAUACAACACGAGUGAACAAGAUGUCCAGGCCAUGAUGCAGAACGGAAAUGCCAAAAAGGAUGGGUUGUUAAGCAUCUCAGAGUUUCUCGAUAUGAACACUGGGAAUUUGGAACUAGGUGAUCUAACUGCUCUUAAAACUGCUUUAGAUGCAUGGGGUCUUGAGGAACAUGAUCUGGUAACAGGAGAACAACUCUAUGAAGUUGUUGCUGAUAUGGGGAUUGAGUUAUCCCUAGAUGAUUGCCAGGACAUUGUUGCUUCCAUGGAUGGAGAUGGGGAUGGAGCCAUAACUUUUGAGGAUUUCAAGCUUAUAGUAAAUUCCCUUGUCUAGAUUUUAAGCAUACUUAUCGUUUCGUCACAUAACACAAGUAGCCAUAAUUUGGAGCAUAAGAUGAUAAACAGAGAUUCACUGUCCUGUUAGAAAUAAGGUAGAUGUUUGAUGUUACGAUAUUUAUGCUGUGUGAUGUAAUUCCGUUCAUCCAUUCAACCAUCAAAUAAAUUAGCAGUUUGAUUA